AUGAGUAUUAAUCAGGAAGAAACACUGAAUUCAGCUGAUCAGGAAGGCAAAGAGCAGCAUGUUAUCAUAGUUAGAACUACUAAUCAGGGAGAAACAAAUAAGAAGCCUAUUAUGUCUAGUCAGGAAGAUACACAGCCUCCUGUUAGCUUGGAAGAAACCCAGGACACUCCUGAUAGGAAACAAACCCAAGAGGGUAGGGAAGAAACCCAAGAGGGUAUGGAAGAAACUCAGGAGGGUAUAGAAGAAACCCAGGAGGGUAGGGAAGAAACCCAGGAGGGUAGGGAAGAAACCCAAGAGGGCCCGGAAGAAACCCAGGAGGGUAGGGAAGAAACCCAGGAGGGUAGGGAAGAAACCCAGGAGGGUAGGGAAGAAACCCAAGAGGGCACGGAAACCCAGGAGGAUAGGGAAAAAACCCAAGAGGGUAGGGAAGAAACCCAGGAGGGUAGGGAAGAAACCCAAGAGGGCCCGGAAGAAACCCAGGAGGGUAGGGAAGAAACCCAAGAGGGUAUGGAAGAAACCCAGGAGGGUAGGCCGGAAGAAACCCAAGAGGGCAUGGAAGAAACCCAGGAGGGUAGGGAAGAAACCCAAGAGAGUAGGGAAGAAACCCAAGAGGGUAGGGAAGAAACCCAAGAGGGUAUGGAAGAAACCCAGGAGGGUAGGGAAGAAACCCAAGAGAGUAGGGAAGAAACCCAAGAGGGCAUGGAAGAAACCCAGGAGGGUAGGGAAGAAACCCAAGAGAGUAGGGAAGAAACCCAAGAGGGUAGGGAAGAAACCCAAGAGGGUAUGGAAGAAACCCAGGAGGGUAGGCCGGAAGAAACCCAAGAGGGCAUGGAAGAAACCCAGGAGGGUAGGGAAGAAACCCAAGAGAGUAGGGAAGAAACCCAAGAGGGCAUGGAAGAAACCCAGGAGGGUAGGGAAGAAACCCAAGAGGCCAGGGAAGAAACCCAAGAGGGCACGGAAACCCAGGAGGAUAGGGAAAAAACCCAAGAGGAGGGUGUGGAUCUAAUGCAACAUUAA